GGCUCGGUGGUCAGUGAAUGUUGGAGCUUCCCUGUUUCGAAUUGGGAGUGGACGGGGCCAGAUCGGCGCGCGUGAAAAGAGUGAGAAGUAAGAAGAAAAAAAAAGUGCGGGCAAAAGUGGCCACAGGAGAGUGUGCGGGAAAAGUUCGAUUUGGCCGUACGGAAAAUUUACCCCACAAAAGAAAUCGCCUGUGAUAGAAGUGACACUGCGUGCUCUCGUGAAAAUACGCCACCACUCCUUUUAAUUGCUUUUCAGUGUCUGUGAAUUUUCUCGAUUAUUAGCGAGGAAAAUUCGGGAGAUUAGUUCUGGUGCUCCCCUCUUGCCAUCGGCUGUGUCUCUCUGUGGUUUUUGUGUUUGUGUUUUAAACGUGCGGAGAAAGUUCAAGAGGUCGUGAACGCAAAGAAAGGGUGAAAGAAAAGACGUGCUAAAUGUCGAAAAAGUGAUUUUGCGAAUUUUUCUUUUUCGGUGAAAUUUAAUUUUUUUUACAUCUAAAUUUGGAAUAUCCCCCUUCCCCCCCUUUGAUUGGACUGGUGGCACCUGGAGGACACACACACGCACAGAGAUGACACGAUCUGUGACAUGGUUGCUCCUUCUGGUGGGAUUUGCCUUCCUUGCGGUCUCUCUGCAUGAUGCUCAAGUUCAUGCUGAUGUUGGACCUUCAGAAUCUGAAUGUCGACCCUACAUUGAGAAGGCGAUACAUGAUUUGAAGUCUGGUGAUUCAGGAGCAGUCGCAGACGAUGAUGGGAGUCCAGAAACGGGCGCGGGAGACACAGAUGGGCCUCCAGGCGAAGAUGAUGGUGACGACAGCACGGAAAAUGCUGCUAUCGAAGAAACGAGUAAAGAAGGUGAUGAUGGUGCAGACGAUGACAAUAACGAUGACGAUGGGGAUGAUAAUGUAACAGGAGAGGAUCAGGAUGGAGAUGAUAAUGUAACAGGAGAGGAUCAGGAUGGCGAUGAUAAUGAUGAUGGGCAGUCAAAUGAGGAUGCCCAAGUAGCUGCUGAUGAAGAUUCAGGGGAAAAUGCCGAUGACAAUGAUGAAGCAGCCAAGUCAGGUGAAGACGACAAUGAUGACGAUGAUGAUGCCACAAAUGAUAAAGAUGGAGACGGACAAGACGAUGAUGAUGAUGACAGAAAAGAUGAUAACGACGAUGAUGAUGAUGUGAAAGCUAGUACAGAAAAUCAAGACGAUGAUGACGACGACGACAAUAAAGAUGAGGGCUCGAAGGAAGGCAAUGAAGAUGAUAAAGAAGAUGGGGAUGACAAUGAUGAUGAUGACGAUGAUGAUAAUGCACCAAAGAGUGGUGAAGACGAUGGCACAGAUGAUGAGCAUGACGAUGAGAAAGAUAGUGGAGAAGCUACAGAAGAAGGGGACCAACAAGGAGACUCUCAGGAAGACGAGAAUGGUACGAAAGCAGAUGAUGACGAUGAUGAUGAUGAUGAUGAAAAUGAUGGAAAGAUAGAUGGUGAUAAUGAUGAUGAUCAAGACUACGAUGAUGAUCAGAAAUCAAAGGAAGCAGAUGAAGAUGGAGAUGAUGGCACAAGUGCAGAGAAAGCAGAUAUAGGUGACAAUGACGAUGAUGAUGAUGGUAAGGACGAUGAAGAUGAUGGAAAGGACGACGACGACGAUGAUGAUGAUGGUAAAGACGAUGAUGAUCAAAAGUCUGGUGAAGUUGAUGAAGAUGAUCAGAAAUCAGGUGAAGCUACUAAUGCUGAUGAAGAUGAUGACGACGACGAUGAUAAGGACAAAGAUAAUGAAGAUGAUGGACAAUCUCAAGAAGCUGAUGAAGAAGAAUCCGAUAAACAAUCAGAAGAAGUCUUGUCUAGAGGAAAGCGAUCAACAGCAAAUGAUGAUGAUGACGAUGACGAUGAUGAUGGAAAGCCAGAUGAUGAUGAUGACGACGAUGAUCAGAAAGACGAUGGAGAAAAUGCUGAUGGAGAUAGUCAAGAAGACGCAGAAGGCAAAAGUAGUGAAGAUACAAAAGAUGAUGAAGCAGACAAUGAUGAUGACGAUGAUGACGACGGAGUAGCAUCUAAGGAAGCAGAUGAUAAGGACAAAGAUGAUGAAGAUAGCAAAGAAAAAGCACAAGCAGAUGAUGAUGACGACGAUGAUGAUGAUGGGAAAGACGAUGGAGAUGAUGAUGAUGAUGAUGAAGACAAAGAUGGUGAUGAUGACGACGACGAUGAUAAUCCCGAAGAGGAACUAACUCUGGAAUCGGAAAUCCCUGAUAAUCGUCGCAAUCGUGAUCACAUCGCCGAACUCUUGCAUUUAGAUGAUGAAUCAGAAUUGCGCGAGAAUGCCAUUGUUCGAGUGGCUGAUGUGAUCCUCAAGGAUCUCAAGAGGAUCUAUGAGAAUUCAAUUAAACCCCUCGAGACGCUCUACAAGUACCGCGAUCUGAGCAAUAGGCACUUUAGUGAUCCAGAAAUCUUCUCCAAGCCCUUGGUGCUCUUUAUGGGUCCCUGGAGUGGUGGUAAAUCAACCCUGAUCAACUAUCUCACCAACAAUGAAUUCACUGAGGAUUCCCUGAGAACUGGAGCUGAACCUUCACCGGCUUACUUCAAUAUCCUAAUGUGGGGUGAAAAGCCCGAAGUGCUCGAUGGCACCCAAUUGGCGGCUGAUUGGACAUUUUCGGGGCUACAGAAAUUCGGUCAGGGUCUUGAAGAUCGCCUACGGGGACUCAAACUACCUAGUAAACUUCUUGAAAAGGUAAACAUUGUUGAAAUUCCCGGUAUUCUUGAGGUACGGAAGCAAGUUUCGCGCCUCUUCCCCUUCAACGAUGCCUGCCAGUGGUUCAUCGAUCGUGCUGACAUCAUCUUCCUCGUCUAUGACCCAUCUAAGCUCGAUGUGGGACCUGAGACGGAAGCCAUUCUCGAUCAGCUGAAGGGACGCGAAUAUCAGACACGCAUCAUUCUCAAUAAGGCCGAUCAGGUGAAACCCGAAGAGCUGAUGCGCGUUCAGAGUGCCCUCAUUUGGAAUAUUUCACCACUCAUGUCUUCAGCUCAGCCACCAGUUAUGUACACCACAUCUCUGUGGUCGCUGCCCUUUGAGAGUGGUGCACCAGUGAGGCUACUCCAGGCGCAGGAGCGGGCUCUUCUGCGCGAUCUCCGUUCAGCCAUUGAUAAGAGGAUCGAGAAUAAGAUCGCAAGUGCGCGUCGAUUCGCUGUUCGCGUACGCAAUCACGCAAAGAUGGUGGACUGCUACCUAACAACCUACUACAACCACAAAUCCCUCUUUGGCAACAAGAAGCAAAUCUCAGAUCAGAUCAUCGAGCAUCCACAGAACUAUCACAUCUACGAGGGACUCUCAACUCUAACCAACAUCUCACGCUACGAUCUGCCCGAUCCUGAAGUCUAUCGUGACUUCUUCCGCCUCAAUCCACUUUAUGAGUUCAAGAAACUCUCCGAAACCUGCACCUACUUCCGCGGUUGUCCCAUCAAUAAGCUAGAUGUGUCCAUUGCCUACGAUCUCCCGGAGUUGGGUGGCAAAUACAAGAAGCUCCUUGAAGCCUCCCUCGCACAACUCGAGAAGGAAGCCGAUGCCAGCAAAGAGUCCACCGGCAAGAGUUGAAAAGCCCAAUGGGAGGGAUCCAUUUGCACAUUAAAAACCCCCCUUUUUUCUCCCAUUUCCCACGUUUCGAAACUAUCUCUUCAUUCACUCUCCCCCGCUCUGUAUCCCCCUUCUUCGUAAUCAUAUUCACUUUCUUCCAUUCUUCCCCUUUAUUUCUUUCUUUUUAUUUUCUUUCGAGAGACAAGACAAUCGGGACGUAAAAUCCUCGACUUGAGCAAUCCAAAGGAGCAUCAAUGGCAAGAUCUUCUGGAUUGUGGUUGAUUUUUUUUCUUCAUCUCUUGCGCAAUUGUGUUUUAGUUCUUAAACUGCAAGGUUUUUUUUGGAGAGACAUCUUAAGAAAUACAUAAAAUAAAGAAGCGAACUGAUUGAAUUCGAAAAAAAUUAUUAAAACUUAUGAUCUGUAAAUUAUUAUUAUAUAUUGAAGGAAAUUUAAAUAAAAUUUGCGGCGAUGUAAAUAAAUUUGGAAA